CCUUGCUGACCUAAUAAGGCCAUGCAGGGUGUGGGGAGCUGGAUAAAAGGCGCUCAGCUCGCGGGGACUCUGCACACGGCGGACUCUGCACACAGCGGGCAGCAGCCACCAGCGAAGACAACCAGACCAGCCAUGGCCAAGGAGUGGGGCUACGCCAGCCACAAUGGUCCUGACCACUGGCACGAGAUUUACCCCAUCGCCAAGGGAGACAACCAGUCACCCAUCGAGCUGCACACGAAGGACAUUAAGUACGACUCCUCCCUGCAGCCCUGGUCUGCCUCCUACGACCCUGGCUCCUGCAAGAGCAUCCUGAACAAUGGCAAGACCUGCAGGGUCGUGUUUGAUGACACUUAUGAUCGCUCCAUGCUGAGGGGCGGCCCUCUCACCGGGCCUUACCGCCUGCGCCAGUUCCACCUGCACUGGGGCUCCGCCGACGACCACGGCUCUGAGCACACCGUGGACGGGGUGCAGUAUGCCGCCGAGCUGCAUCUGGUGCACUGGAACCCCAAGUACAACACCUUCGGAGAAGCUCUGAAGCAGCCAGACGGCAUCGCCGUGGUGGGCAUCUUCCUGAAGAUAGGACGUGAGAAAGGCGAGUUCCAGCUGAUUCUCGAUGCGCUGGACAAAGUGAAGACCAAGGGCAAGGAGGUGCCCUUCACCCACUUCGACCCCUCCUGCCUGUUCCCCGCUUGCCGUGACUACUGGACCUACCACGGCUCCUUCACCACCCCGCCCUGUGAGGAGUGCAUCGUGUGGCUGCUGCUCAAGGAGCCCAUGACCGUGAGCUCCGAGCAGAUGGCCAAGCUACGCACCCUCCUGUCCAGCGCCGAGAACGAGCCGCCGGUGCCCCUCGUGGGAAACUGGCGCCCCCCACAGCCCAUUAAGGGCCGGGUGGUGAGAGCCUCCUUCAAGUGAGCUUCCCUGAGGGACCCGCCAGAGCUCGGGCCGCCUCCUUCCCCGCCUCCUUCCCUGCUCCUUGUGCCACGUGUGCCUCAGUCUUCAUCGAGCGAUGAGCGAUGAGCGAUGCCAUCACUGACCCAGGAUAAGCCGAAAGCAACGGCCUUUGUAAUGACCCCGACCCCCUCUCCUUAAAAAAGUAGCUUUGGUAGCCCAGAUUCAGAAGAGAUGGAGGAGUACAGGUAUGGGAUAAGGCUAUGGGCACCAUUUCCUGUCAAUUUUCACAGAACUUCAGUUUUACAGUUUUCACAUUAUGCAUUGUCCAUCUUAACAGCUGAGUGAGUGAUUCCAUACGAGGUGUGGAGGAGUGUGUAAGUCACAUAGCACUUAAACUUGACCAGACAGGAAUGAGAUGAGAAUUUAACCCUUAACUAAAACCAGCAGAGGCCCACGCUGUAUUAAAGUUCUGGCUCCUGUAAAGAUGACCUGGUUUUAAUUACCAAUGAAACAAAGACACAUUCGACCAGGAGUUUUAAGAAAACAUGACUUGGUACUUGGAUUUUUUCUUCCUAGAGGUGGUUGACUGUGGCCUAAUAUUUUUCUUUCCCGGAAGGAGGACCACUUAUUUUUUAUUUCGCUCCUUUGAUUUUUGCAUGCUUGUUAACUAACGGCCCAUCGCUCUAUCUGAGCUGCGGGUGGGAUUCACCACGCCUGCAGGGGCGAUGUCUGACGUGCAGCGAGGCGGGUGGCUGAUCAGCAAAAUAAUAAAGCCAUGAACACGAAGAGUUC